GAGUACUACCAAAUGAAACAUGAGUUGCUGAUCGGCAAAACGUCCGUGUUCAACUGAUUUGUAAAUCGUUUCCUAAUCGCCCGAAGGGAGAUAUGAAAUUAUUUUCGAUAACUAAAAACUGUGCCGUUCGUCUACGCGAGUGUUGAUUGUAAUGCCGGAGUGUAUUGAUUACAAUUAGAGGUGAUAAAAGUGCAGUGAUUUUGUACAAGAUUGGUUUGGAAGCAUUUUGCCGUGGUAAUAAUCUCGCCGUUGUCUUAGUUGGAACAUUAAACUAAGCCAAAAUGCAAGCGAUUAAGUGUGUCGUUGUUGGCGAUGGAGCUGUCGGUAAAACUUGUCUUCUCAUCAGUUACACCACAAACGCCUUCCCCGGGGAGUACAUACCAACAGUAUUUGACAACUACUCCGCAAAUGUAAUGGUAGACGGAAAACCCAUUAAUCUGGGACUCUGGGAUACGGCGGGGCAGGAGGACUACGAUCGACUGCGGCCACUCUCCUACCCACAGACAGACGUGUUCCUCAUAUGCUUCUCACUGGUGAACCCAGCUUCCUUCGAGAACGUGCGUGCAAAGUGGUACCCAGAAGUGAGGCAUCACUGCCCGUCAACGCCCAUCAUCCUGGUUGGAACGAAGCUCGACCUUCGCGAAGACAAGGACACGAUUGAAAAGCUGAAGGACAAAAAAUUAACUCCCAUCAUUUAUACAUCAGGCCUAGGCAUGUCGAAGGAGAUCGGUGCAGUGAAGUACCUAGAAUGCUCGGCGCUGACGCAGAAGGGGCUGAAGACGGUGUUCGACGAGGCCAUCCGCGCCGUGCUGUGCCCCGUGCAGCCCGUCAAGGUGAAGCGGAAGUGUUCCAUACUGUAAGGAUUGCGACGCGUCAGGAGAGAGUAGACGAAGUACGACGCCAGUGUAAACAGCCUAGCUAUAAUAAAAUAGAGCGCACCAAACGAUCCGUCUUCAUCGUACCACCUGAGUGCUGUAUGAACUAAAAAAUAAAAACAUGGACUGCAAUCAAAUGCAAUACAAUAGAUGUUAAUUCUUAACUAUUAAAAUACGCAUCAUUUACGCCCUGGUUAUGUACAAUACGUGACAAAAGUGACAUGUGAUAUAAAUAGCAUGACAGGAUGUCACACUGAACGAGUCACGGCUGCAACGACUCGUUAUAGUAGCCCCUGGUUCUACUGGAGCGGAGUGAAGCGGAGACGUCAGAGGACCAAUCAAAUUAUCGAGAGGUCACGUGAUAUUUUCAUCACGUCAAAUUUUAAUAAUGUGAUUGGUUGGUUGAACAUAUCUCUGUUCCGCUCUUCUUCUAUGGACAGGCAUCCUACGGGUAUGUUUCGAGUGAAGCGGACACGAGCAGAGCGGAGCACAGACGUGUGCGCUUUGGUCAAUCAGAUUUUUGAUUUUGAACAGUUUGAUUUCCUGUCGCGCUAUAGACACAUUGCUGACGUCGCGCGUUGCUUUUAACCAGGGCUUUAUAAUAUGUCACGUGAGUUGGUGUGAGUGAGCUCCGUAUUGUAAACGCUUUUGUAUUAUCUGUGGAACGGCACUGACAUGUGACAGUUGUCUAUGGCUAAGUGACAUUGUAUAGUAAGGGAACAUGUCAGGUUUUUAAUCGAGUGUCGAUUACCGAGUAUUCAUAUUUGGGUGCUUUUUCUAACGCGAAUUUUAAGAACCUUCGCACGCGGCGACAUUUUAACCGGCAGUUGACGCAUGUGUUACGAACGUACGUGUCUACAGUGCUGGAAAUGACACUGCAAAUGUAUGACAAAUUACACAGGCUUAGGUCAUGUUUACAUCUUGAAAACGUUGAUGGAUCUCGAAUAUCAAAAUACUAUACUCAACUCCAGAGUAAUCCAGAAUCUUAACUUUCUUAUCUUACAGAUCUCGUUCGUCCAUACUUUUAGAGCCUGCACAACGUCCCAAGCGGAAACUGUUAAAUGCAGAUCGCCAGUAGUUACUGAAUAAACAACUUGAAAUCGGCCAGGUUUUGGUUGAUUUUACUCGUAAUCUAUCAACGUUGUCUAGAUGCAGAAAGUCGUACUAAGAGUUAAGUCAAAUCCAGUUGGAAAACGCUGUCGUUGUCGUUGUGAAACGCGCGUAUUGUAGCUGUAUGCGAAUAUGUCGUCUUGUGCAUGGCACGUUAUAUGUAAAAUACAUUCCUACACUAUUUCUUGAACACCUUUACAGUACUACUACUUUUAUAAGUUGCAUCGGAAAAUUUCGUUUGCACAGAAAAGCGCAACCUAACGCUGCUGACUAAAUCCGAAUGUACACCAAUGAAAUAUAAACUUUAUUGCUAGACGUUAAGAUUUUAAACACAAGAACAACAGAGACUCGCGCUAUCUCGCUGAUAAAAUUCACGCGUACAAAACAUGGCGCGAAGGUAACAACCAAAAGCGGACGGACGCGCUAUGGUUGGCUGAAAAUUUACGCGCCAUUUAUAAAUAAGAUUUCUGCGCAGUUACAUCGGCGUAACUUAUAGAAGUGAUAGUAAUGUACCACCGUUUUGUUUUAACAUAAACAACAGAUGAAAAAAAUCCUCUUUGGCAUUGGUGUGUUGGUGUUUAAAUUUGGAAUUGUUAAAUUUUUUGUGUUAGACAGAGAUUAACUAUAUUUUUUGAUUAAUUAUUAUUAUUAUUGCUUAUUUCGUUCCCAAUAAUUAAUUGUUGUAUUUCAUUAUUAGGUGUCUGUAAGUACAUACACAGUAUUCAUUAAAAAAAAUGUUAUGUAUAAAUAUUUAAAUCUUCGUAACGUGUACUAAGUAAAUGUUUUCAGAUGCGAUAUGAAAUGUAUGCUUUACUUUUUAAGUUUAAGAUUUCUUUUUUUUCUUAUCUUCGAAAUCAACUGUUUAACCUAUUAAAUAAAUUGGGAUUAUUGAGAAUGUUGAUUUUGUCUUAAUGUUUUUUAUGUAAUGGGCAGGCACAAAGUAGCAGUAAAAUGAUCGUUGCCAACAUAUUUGAUGUGUUUUAAUGUUAUUUACUAGGUUAUUCGAGUUUCCCAUAAGUACUACUUAUUAUGUAUUAUAAACUCGACGCGCAAUAUUUAAGCACCCGUGAAAUGCGUUAGAUACAUAUCGAAGUUAGCUAGAGGACAGUCCAAUGCAAUUUAAUCAGAAAAACUUCUUUGACGUGAUAUUUUGUACUUUAAUUCAUGAUUUUAUUCAGCCAUUUUCAAUAUACGUCUUUUAACGUUUUUCUUUUUAUGAAAUAUGAUGAUUAAUUUUAUCACUCUUUAAUUUUAACCAAAUUUUUUUAGUACAUGUAUUCUGGAUAAAAGAACUUGAAUAUCGUUGAAGGGGUGAAUAAGUUUUCUUUUGAUGUUGCUCCGAAAAGCAAAGUUACAUUGACUGUACACAUUAUUAAAAUUUUAACCCUAUUUUUUUUUUUUGUAGCCUGGUCCAAAGUAUUAUCAUCAAACAAGCUAUAUAUUAAUCAAUUCUUAUUAAAACUUAUGAAGGUUACUGUGAAAUGCCGCACAAUUAUUAAGUUAAGCAAUUAAUUACUGACCAAGUUAUGACUUUUUCUAUUUGGUCGCUUAGUCUUUGGGAGACAUUUUUCGAAAAAAAAUGUGAUAAAUGGGUUUAGGCUUUAAUUGACUCGUCACGGCCUUCUAUUUUUUUAUAUUACGCCUAAUUAUCUAUGCAACGUACUGAUGUUUUGAUUGAUUUUUACUGUUAAAGUGUUUCCACACUUUUCUGUUUGUUACUGGGACACAUAGUUGGCGACAGGUCGACUUGGCAAUCGGGGUAUGAGGUGAGUUGUGCAGUGGAGGACGCCCGGCACUCCCACACUGUCAUAGUUUAAUGAUGCACGAAUCCGUAUCGACUGCACUUAUCGAUUUCGUUGUAGCUUGUAGUUUUGUGUAUUGAAAAAUAUGACUUCAGUUGUUUGUCACAUGUACAAAUAAAAUAACCAAUAAUUCAUUGUCAAACACGUCAACUAGCCUGAAAAGUAUUAUAAUAUACAUAUAAUUAUAAAAAAGUAAACAAAAUUGUUGUAAAUACACUGGAUCGGGUUGUAUUUUAUAUACACUGUCUUACGAAAAGAGUCAACAUCCAGAAUAAAAUAUGACUCAAAAUUAGUAGGGCCACAUGAACAAUUAAAAUCACUUUCACAAUUCAAUCAAGUGUUUGUAGCGAUGUUAUAGUUUACGUUAAUUUGAUUUAGAUUGUGAUCAAUAACAUAUAUCUUUAAAAAAAGGUGGUUAUAAUUUUACUCUCAUUUUGUUGUGUACCAAAAAAAAUAUCGAUAUCGAUUACCCGGUAUGUGAUGUCACCUCCCUAGAAAAUUGCCAUCUCGACCUGUCGCGAACAUUACUUGUAAAACUUCAUUUACUUGCCCGCAAUGAUUGUGUGGAAAUGCUUUUAAGCAUAGAUUAAUUACUGUCUAAAUCCACUCCUAAAAUAAGUAAAAGUUAGUACACAUAAGAAUGCUAAGGAAUGUGCAAUUGUUGCUGCUUGUUCUAUCGACAUCGAUGCCAUAGACAAUUAACUUUUUAAAUAUUUGAAAAUGGAAUCUUAGCCGCUUCGUUUAAAAAUAAAAGCAUAAACAAUUGCACAAAAUAGGUACAUACAUAGCUGGUAAGGUUUUAAUGUAUUGUUCAGAUGCAGAUAUUUAGAAGAAACAGGCAUGUAAAUAACGGUAAUUUUAGUAUUAAAAACUAAAAUGUAAGUGAUCGCGCCAUUUACUAUGGUGAUGCAUUUUUAUAUCUAGGAAACAUUAAAUAGGGCGCUUUCGAUCACAUUUUUUAUAUUAGUUAGUAUGUGUAUUUGCUAUCAUUAAUAAAGGAAUUAUUACUUUAAAUCUAUUCAAACUUUUUCAUUAACUGUGCGCUAACUAGUACCUAUAUCAAUAACCUAUAUUUUAUUAAGUGAUGUCCUGAAGUAUAAAGUAAUAUCGAACAUAUUUUUCUAUGAACAUUUCAGAAUAAAAAUCUAUUGGAACGGUAUUAAAAGUUUCUGUAUAUGACUAUCUAUAAACUUAAUCCAAAAAUAUGAUUAAUCGAUAAUAAUCAAUCUUAUCAAUUGAUGACAUAACUAUAACGCACGCACGAAUGCAUGAAUUCUGACCUCUGAGAAUUACUAUAGACAAAGAGUUCAGAAUUCAUGCAUUACUAUGGAUUGAAAAAUUUGUAUCAGUUUACAGUUGGCUGUCUUUCUAUGCGGACUAUACAUUUCUACAAAAUUUAAUUUUAAAACAACGCAAUUUAUUUUAAUACAUAACAUUAUACAAAUGUAUGAACGAUAGCACCGAAUUUUUGGAUAAAGUUUAGAAAGUGCGUCAUUUUUACCCAGUUGCAGCGACUUUAGAUGAGCAAAUAGGCUUUUAAAGUCAUAUUUUUUCAUCUGUCCACACCCGGGUAAACUUUACAGUCUAUAAGUAAACACUCAACUUCUAAAACAGUGCAAAUCCUAACCAUGUAUAUUUCAAAAUGUAUAAAAAUUAUAUUAUUCGACCAAUAUAGUUUCAAUUAUUUAUGGGAAAUAUUAUGCUAUUAUAAUAUACAUUUAAUGAUAUUUUGUAAAAACAUUUCAGUGUUUUAUUUGUGACGAUUGUCAAUAUGUUAAUUACUAAGUCGUAUUUUUUAAUAUGCACUUUUGUGCCAGCGCAUAUUAUAAUAGCCUGGAUUACUUCUGACGCCGAUCGCUCUGUAAAGUCGAUAGAACUUGGCUUGGACACACUGGCCAUUGUGUCUUGAUCAUAAAAUUACUUUGACAUUUAUGGCUCCGACUUUUAUUAAUGUAAUCUGGACCUUCUAAGCGAAAAUAACCCUUAUUGCACACAACAUUCAACCUAAGGAUCAUAAAUUAAUUUUACGGUCAAUGUUACAUUUUGAAAUUGAAUGUGAACAAGAAUCGGUUUUGAAAUGCUAAGGAAAGGGCAUAUGAAAAAAACUAGUGUCAAACUGAGGACCUAUGUUUUUUUUUUUUUUGGAAGUCUGUUACAAAUUUGUGUUAUUUUGUGUACAAUAAAAAAACGCUGGCGCAAAAAUGUAUGUUAAAAGAACAAUACGUCUGAUCCUGAUUAAUUUCAAUGGUAUUAGGUAAAAUAGUUAAAAAGCUUAGUAUGUUAGCGCAUAUACAUUUUAGUCGAAAUUUUUUCCACUAGUGUCUACUGUAACGGACGGAACAUUUAUUGGUGUUAGCUUUUAUUGUUAUGUCAUUGUUACUAAUACAUUUUGUAAUCAACAAACAGUAGUUGCGUCUACCGAACCAUAGUAAAAUCUUAACGUGUAAAAUUAAAUGAAAUAUUACAAUAGGAAAUGGGUAUAUUUAUGGGUAUAUAUAUAUAUGGGUAACCACAGUGAAAUUCUAUGGUGAAUUUUUUAUCUUCGGUAUCCAUGGAUGCCGCCUGCCAUUAAAUUACCGCACUAGGGCGUACAAAUUAAACAUCCGCACUAGUGUAGUAAUUUAAUGGCGGUGUGGUAUAAAGAAAAAGCAAAUGAAAGACAAUGUUUAAUCUCUUACUAGCAAAUUAAUAUUUCUCUUUUUGAUCUUAAAUCUGUAUACAGAAACUAUUAUGAGGUGUUAGAACUACUAGAAUUCUUAGCAAAGCAGCUAGUAAACAAACAAAGCACCCUCUAAGAUCAGUUUUGCAUGUGAAUGGUUUAAACUUUAACCCCAUAGAUAUAGUUCGGUAAAUGCAACGACAUAAAUCAUGUGUCUGCUUUUAUUCGUAACCGCUUGUACAGUUCAUUUUAUACGAAACGUAAUUGUAUUGUAUGGUAAAAGCGCCGAACGUCGAAUUGGAUGGAUGAGCGCUGACAAGCACUUCUUCCAAAUAUUGUGAAGCCUCUGAAUAAUUCGAAAUAUAUUUAUAUUAACUGUUCAAA